AUGCUGGACGCCAUGAAGUACUUGACUCCUCUCCCCUCAUCUACACAGCCGACUCUGUCGGAAGGUGAUUUUCUCAAUUUGACAGCGGCCACUGAGCAGGAGCGACGCGAGGUUGUACAAGCGUUGCAAAAGCUAAAGACCCUGGCUGAGGACUGCAACAUGAAUACCACAGAGAUUGCUGCGGUGGUACAAGAAGCGCGCAUGGACGAGGAAAAUCUUGCAGUGGGGAUACUGUUUGCUUCGAAGCCACUUGUACAGCUAAUUGUCAAUCCGAUGAUCGGACCGCUGACCAAUAAGUGAGUUGCUCGCUACCCUCAAAAUCAGCACAUCAGUGGCAAGGUGCCUAUUCAUUAGUAUUCGUAGCAACGGCCUCUGUAAGCGUCUUCUCAGCGCGUUAUAGGAUGACCGCAUGGUGGGCCGCGAACUACUACAAUACAAGCGCAGAUUUUAAAAGACAGUUUGGGACACGAUCACUGAAUUUGCCAAUUUCGCCCUCGGAAUUUUCACUUCGAUAAAGUGACGCUAACAUACACUGAGUGCCUGAUCUCAUGAAAUAUUGCCUGAAAUUCUGAAAUGCAGUUUCUAUUAGGAAGAAUUACUUAGGUGAGGGUCUAAUAUCGAUUAUGAAGGAGCAUAGCCGUAUAAACCUCUGGAUCUCCCAGAAGUUGGCCUUUAAAUGCAUUUCUAUACAGACAUCUGCAGGAACCGCGCUCGAUAAAAAUGGCAACUAAGGUUGCAUGCGUUUGUCACAUUGAUUUGGAUGUUUUUAUGAAUUCGAAUGCAUAUAUUAUAAAUAACAUGAAUAAAAUAUGUCCCUAUCUACUCUUCUUGUAGAAAAUCGCGUAUUUGUUGAAUUUUAUACCUUACAAAGAUGUGUAUUAAACGUUGGAAAGCUUUUCUAAUUCCCAAGUUCAGGGCAUGACCGGUCUCAUGAAAUGUUGGCCGAAAUUCCCAAAUUGAGUUUUCGAUUACGAAGGAUUUAUAAGGUGGCGUUGUAACAUUAUCAUGUAGCAUAAUCCUAUGGACUUUCGGACUCGUCAGGAUGUUGCCUUUUGAAUACAUUUCUUUCUAACCUCCCACUUGUUUUGUAAAAGACCACAUUUUCUUCACAUUUUAUACUCAAAGAAAGGGUAUAUUUAGGUUAUGAACAAGUUUACCUUUUCCUGAAAAAUUUGAUCCUGACCAGCCGUUACAUAAGCGUUUCAUGCCUACUUAAUUGCAGUAGUAUUAAUAACAAAGGUUUCUGGAAGCGUCCUUUCAUCGCGUUAUAGGAUGACCACAUAGUGAGCCGCGAGCUAUUAAAGUCCAAGCGCAGAUUUCAAAAGACAGUCUGAAAAACGGUCACUGAAUUUGCUAAUUACGCCGUCAAAUUGUCCACUUCAAUAAAGUGCCGAUAACAUGCAGUGAGUGUCCGAUCUCAUAAAACAUUGGCUGAAGUUCUGAAAUGCUUUUCGACUAGAAAGAUUUCCUUAAGGGGUCUAAUAGGGAUUAUCAUGCAGCAUAGUCGUAUAACCUUUCAAAUCUGCCAGAAGAUGGCGUUGAGUUGCAUGUCUCCGCAACCUCCUACAGAAAUCCUACUUUCUUAUCCAAUAUGCUGACUUGUGAUAUUGCACUAUGACGGGUUGCGUUAUGAUCAUAUCCUACCGAUCGAAUUGUUUGAGAGAGGAGGAAGUUUUGUGCAUUUUGGCAAAAGACCACGUUGUCUAGGCGCGCAUUAUAAACACCCGGAUCACGCCUGUUACAGUUAUUCGGACCAAACUGGAUGACGUCUCCAAAACCAACGGUAAGUUUGAAGAGAAUAUUUACUGCUUCCUGUAAGGGUCUACCAGUGCGAACAGUCAAGAAACAAUCUCGGCAAAUAAGGCUCGAUUUAUUCUCUGUCGGAUAAACACCAUCAUGUCUUUAAUUGCCUCAACCGCAUGGUUUCUUUAAUUUGUUAAUUACAUGCUAUUGGAAAUUGCUGACAAGAGCCUAAACGACCUGUUGCAUGUUUUUUCAUUUUUCUGUCCAAAGGAUCGGAUACUCUAUUCCUAUGUUUAUUGGUCUCGUCAUAAUUUUUGGCUCAACGAUAAGUAAGUUCCCUUUUGUUCCUUAACGCAUCUUCUGCUUUUGGAGUUGUCUUAUGUGUUUAUCUUAGCUGUAAGAUGCUCCCUUUUAGUGUUUGCCUUUGCCGAGAGCUACCUACUCCUUCUACUGGCUCGGUCAAUACAAGGCGUGGGUUCCGCCUUUUCCACUGUCUCCGGUAUGUCUGAGUAAAAAUUCAGCAUUCUUGUAAUGCUUUUUAUUUAGUUCUUGAUUUAUGUGUAAUUUAAAAGCUUGCAUGCGGCAUUUAUACACACAAUUGCCAUAUCUAAUAACUAACAUCUAUUAUCGCAGAUCCUUGGAUUUCCGGUUGCACGGUUUAAUGUUUCUUCAGCCCCCAUCUGCAAUGAGAAAUGUCGAUGUAGUUGAUAUUUCAUAAUCAUUGAUGUCUAUGGUCAUGGGAUGCGAUAUGGUGGCCAGGGUUAUAUUUGGGCCAAACUCUUGUUUUAUCUUCAUCAGCAAUCGCGGCAGACGACAGCAUUUCAACGCAAAAUGAUUCCCUUACCAUUUGUCUUUGGCAGCCACCUAAAAUUGAAUUUAUGUCAGUUGUCAAAGUAUCACACUUAAUAGGCUACAGCUAAGAUAGAAUUUGACACAAAUUCCAUUAGAUUGAACAACUGCAGCGCUAUGUGCUAAGGCCAUCCUAAUGAUGCAAUAUAUACAACGCAUUGAGACACAAAUGCAAAUAUUAUAAGACCCGAUAUGCGUCUCAACAUGUGUGGCGUAAUUGCACUACAUAAGAUUCCUUUCUUUUCGGAUAUACUGUUAGAGGACUUCUUUUUUCACAAAAUGCUGAACGUACUGGCAAACAGUGAAAAAAAAUUUGAAAAGCUCAACUUAAUAGCAGUUUGAGGACAGUAUCAUGGGGCACGUCGUUAUUGUCCCAAUUCCCAGUCAAAAUCUGGUUCUCGAAUGGUUGUCUGACGUCAGUGCGAAAGAUUCAUUCCGCAUAAAUUCUUACAGAACUGGAGGAUUGUAAGGUGACGCAACUGACUCUGUAUCAACUGGAGUCAGAUAGAUUCAAAUUAACUGAUAUGCCAGAAUUUUUGCUAGUGCUUGGCCACCUACGUUUGCUUGUCCUCAAGAUUAAGUGCACACGGAUACCCGCGAGACCUCAUCUGGUCAGAACAAAGAGCUGCGUUUGCACUCGCACAAGAAGUCGACAAUUUAAUGUGCUUUGCCUUGUUCCCGUAAGGCAAACAAUUUGCGGAUUUUAUGGUGAGACUUCCACGUUAGACGGAACUUCGUAUCACUCGAGUUUGUUUUGAGGUCAAGACUCUAUAUCAUCCUUACUAUGCUUGUCAAGUAAUGUUCGUUUUUAAUUAUGGGGAUGCUUCCUGCGUUUUAAACGCAUCAAAGUCAUUAUUUUCGUUGAAUACGCAUAAUACGCUAUAUACUUCGAUUUUUUCCGUGCACAUUACAGCGGUAAAUACACAUGAGCAACAUUUACGAUGAUAUGUAAGCCUUGAUGGCACAAUUUAAGAUACAUGCAACCCCUUUUUACAUUUGGACGCCUAUAAUAUUAAGCACUCGGCAUAAUAAAAACUAAUUAAUUUAAAAUUGUUAAUUUUGGUUAGCCCACGUUAUUUGCGUAAAUAUCGGAGGCGCACAUUAUUUUGCAGGUAUGGGUACGGUGGCCACAUUAUAUAAGGAUUCGAAGGAGAGAUCACGGGCCUUCGGGUGUGCCCUCUCUGCACUCGCCCUUGGACUACUAGGUAAUAAUCGUGCGCAGAUGGUUUAAUUGAUUUUCAACCCUAUUUCUAUGCAAUUUUAUAAAUGAUGUGCUAGCGCAUUAAAUGUUAUACGACAAUCUGUAAUGCAUUUUUGACUAGAAAAGAGUACGUAAAUAUGGUGGUAAUAUUGAUUACCGCGCAGCAUGCUUACAAGUUAUAUCAGGUUUUUAGGCAAACGGUUUCUGAACGGACUUCUUUUCUGACAUCCCUAAAAAAUUUUGCUAUGUAGAAAUUGAUCAUUUCAACUGCAGACACUUUUUGCAUUUGGGUUAGGCGCCCAUGUAAAGUUUAAUCUACCUCAUGAAGGCCUGCAGACAAAUAUUCGUUCCUUUACUCACUCGAAGAGAAAUUACGUUUUCUGUUAAUUAUAUGCUUAAAGGAAGGCUAUAAUUUGCUUCAAAAAACGUUUUUUUAAUUCUGAGUAUUUUUGAACCCGGAUUGCCUUCAAGCUUGCAUAGAGACGUUUUGCGUCAAGGCUGUAUAUUUACUCUGUACCGAAAAUCAUACAUUUUACAUGCUUCCAAGAGACGACAAUAUGUGUUUUACAAAGUUAAACAGUGAAUUCAAACUAUGCCGCAGAGACAUGACUUUAUGUAAACAAACAAUUUUCGAUCUUGUGUUUAACAGAUAGAAACUUUAUAAACCCGAAUUAUACCCGUAUUUAAAGAAUAAAAUUUACAGAAGACCUAAGUUUCUUUUGAAUGGGGAGAAGAAUAGAUACUGACAUGCAUAUUUUCUAUGAGACUUGGCGCUCGACGUCAUACGUAAAGGCCUCGAAUAAAAGUACGACCAAAUUACAGGGCCCAUAAAGAAUCAAGCACCUUAUGAAUCUCUUUGUCUUCUACCGACGUACCGUUCACAAUCGAUGGCAGAACAUACGACUAAAUCAAAGAAACGCCCAUGGGUUCUCCAAUAUCCAGCAUAUUUGGGGAAUUGAUCCUACAAGAGCUGAACAAAUUUGCUUUGUUCCACCACAAACCUGCGUUCGGACGCCGAUAUGUGAAAGAUACAUUCGUCAUUAUUAAAAAGAAUAAACUAUUGGCUUUUCGAAACACGCUUAACAACAUCAUCUCCACAUCCAGUUUACAAAGAAAGACGAGGACGCUGAGGAACUACCCUUCCUAGACGACCCUAUGGUAAACGCAGCAUUACAACAUGCAGAAAGGCGGCCAAUACAACCUAGAUCCUCAUAUAUCAUUACAACCACCUAUUGAUGCACAAACGGGGCUGUUUAAGAGCGCUUUUCAACCAGGUAAGAACGCACUGUAGAAAACUCGAAGGAAGAAUGAAAGAACUACAACAUCUCAUGGAUCAAUUAUAAAGACCGGCUACCCAAAUAGUUUCAUCAGCCGCUGCAAGUAGAUUGAUUCACUACGGACAUACGCAAGGGAGACGCCAACCAUUUGACACUCCCUACCGUACAUAGAAAAUGCGUCCGAGGCUACGCAACGCAUUUCGUCUGAGUUAGGCAUGGGCAUCGGCCAUAAUCCGGCGGCUACCAUGCGCAGCAGGAUCAUGAAAAUGAAGGAUCAACUGGACGCACUUGAUCAAUCGGACGUAGUUUAUCAAAUCCCGUGGCAUAACUGUCUUUGCCACACCACACGACGUCUCAGCUCACGAAUACUUGCGCACAAACGCGCCGUUCGGAGAGGCGACCCAUUACCUCAAGUUAUCAGUCACACGCUGGAGGAAGGCCAUGAGUUCGACUUCGCCAACACGCGGAUAUUGGCGUUAGCCGGCAACAAGACGGGGCGAGAACUGUUGGAGGCGUGGGUGUCGGACACCAACUCAAUCAAUAGACGCAUUGAUUUUCUUGCGUGCUAUCACGCAUUCUGCCCACGCAGCCAGGUGGCGCAGCUCACAUCGCCGUGAUGUAAAAAAGCCGUCACCACGCCGGGGGACCUAGCCGCAGACGUAAUACCCUCUCACCUGCCACCUCAUGGCACAACGAUAUAAAUGCUCACGCGUUGCUGCACUCUAGCAGUCUCUGAUGAUGAACUCAAAUUCGAGUUCGAAAGCCAAAAUCAAAAGGUCUACCGUUCCAUUGAUCGUGCUUUCCUUUUCUUUUAACCAAGAACCUGGGCUGCGCAUAUUCUCUUUCAUUCUAUGAGAUAUAUUUUAAUUUAGAUGGGCAUCGAAUAUCUAUAAGAAACACUCAUAGAGCUGAAAUAUUCAUUUAUUACAGAGUGUGCUUUUUGCAACCAUACGAAAAGAUGUUGCUCAAAAAGUCGUUAUCCUAAAGUAACUGAAAUAUCUUUGGAUUAUGCUGCGCCGUGAUUAAUUUCACUAUCCAACUUAUGUAACAUUUUACAGUCCAAGACGCAUUUCAUAAUCUCGAAUGAUAUUUCGUGAUCCUACACACAACGAUAUAAAUGUUCACACGUCGCUGCACUAUAGCAGUCUCUGGUGAUGAACUCCAUUUCGCGUUCUAAAUCUAAGGCCAACAAACCCACCGACCCAGUGAUCGUGCCUUCGUCUUCUAUUAAACAAGAACCUUGGAUGUGCAAAUUGUCUACCACUCUAUGCGAUAUAUUCAAAUUUAGAUGGGCAUCGGAUAUUAAUGAGAAACAUACAUACAGCUAAAAUGGCCAUUUAAUACAGAAAGCGCUUUUUGCAAACGUCCGAAAAGAGGCUGUUUAAAAAUUCGUAAACCUGAAGCAACUGAAAUAUCUUUGGAUUAUGCUGCGCGGUGAUUAAUUUCAUAAUUUAUCUUUUGUUAUCUUUCCCAGUCAAAGACGCAUUUCAGUAUUUCGGUUGAUAUUUAGUGAUCCUGCAUGCAAUUGCUUUUGACAAAGUGCACAUAGCAAGAGGUUGCAUUCUGUAUAACCCUGGCCCGCUAUAUAAUGAAAAAGGUGAUAAAGCAAGAUAUGAAAAUAAAAAAAAAAACGUUUUGUUGGGAAAUCAACGUAAAGUCCCAUUUAAAAUGGCACAUAUUCGCAAAUGGAGCAUGAACCAAUAGCCUAGUAAACUGGUAAGGAAAAUCCUUCGCAAUCACUUUAAACAAAAUAAUGUAUUAAAUGGUGGCCAGCAAAAAGUGCAUUUUGUGAGGCAUUAUAUGGAACUUGCUAUGUCCUGUUUUAGCAAUAAAUUCUUUACUGAGGAAAGGGAUAAGGCGGUUGCUCAACUCACCCAUAUUUAAAUGGCAUGGCUUACACGCCAAAGCUUUGUCGGCGUCUUUGGCUGAUAUUUUGGCAAAUAGUUUUAAACUGAAUUCUGUUCUGCAUUUGUCAUUUAGUAAGGUUGCAAGUGUACUUGAAGACUUAAAAAUGUCUUACCCAACUAAAAAAAGAACAAUUUAACCAUGUUAAAAGGUAAAUAAACGAUAUACGAAACUGAGUUUUGCCUCUUCUUGAAAAUAUCACUUUGUCUUAAUCUGAAUAUCUUGAUAAUCUGACAACACAGCAUAAAUAGCCAGAAGCUGUCUGAUUUGAAGCGUCCCCAAAAGUACAGGAAGCUUUUGAUUUGCUUGCAUUUGGCGAAAUGUACACUAACGUAUUCAUGUAUUUUUAGUUGGACCAACCUAUGCCGGCAUUGUCUACCACUUCUUCAACAAAUGGGCACCUUUCCUCAUUUUGUCGGUCCUGACAGCAAUGUGUGGCAGUAAGAUGGUGGUUUUUUGUGUUUAUGCCUACAAUUUGCUGCAAGUCGAGUAAGCCCAUCACUAAAUACAAACGGACACACAUUAUAUCGUCCGAAGUUAGUCGUACCCCGUCGUAAUUUAAUGAUGAGCAUGGAUUUAUCGUGACUGCACAAAAGGGCAAGUUUGGUCCUGCCGUCCCACCUGAUUGAUACCAAAUAGGAAACGCCCUAUAAAAUGUUAGAAUGUGUGAUUGCGCUGACUUUACGUUUACCUCGUGUUAGUGCCUUUCAUACUGUUUUAAUUCUGCCAGUGACUGUGUCUCGGUUACAUUAGGGUGUCAGUUCAGAUGCGCUUAUCUGAGCUUUCCUACUUGCAGCCUUUUUGUUGUCUUAAUCCAAAGCUUGGCUAGAUUGGGUUACUAAUGGCAUUAUUUGGACAGAUUGAAACUCCGUUGGUUCUACUUCAGUGACCAUGUCAUUCGAAUUAACACGCGGUUUCCUUCGUGGCCAUCCAUUCCUGACUGUGCUUUCCUUAUCAUUUUAGCCCACCAAGGGGCUGUGUCGCGGGGAGAGUAAUCACAUGUCGUCUUUGGUUACACCAAAUAUUGGUUCACAUUCACGUCUCUGCCUGUGUUUCAAGCCCCACUUGCGCUGACUUUACCUUCCUAGUCCAGUCAGAUAUGUCAAUCAAAUGAGCCCAUGAGACCAAACCUCGCCUACGAAAGAAUUGACGAGGGAUGGCGAAAAUCAAAAGAGGGCCUUCAGUAGGGUCAACAUCUGAUGUUUAAAGUCUGUCGAUCGUUCUGUACUGCAUGAACUGCAGAUUUGUUGGCACAACUCCAGGCAGAACUGCCCACAUUCAGUGAACAGUAAACAGCAUACAGCUCACUAUUCUUCUGUCGAUGAUAACGGACUACAUUCCUAAGAUACCAUGUUUGCACUUAAAGAAUUAAACUGGCUGUGUUACUCCCAUUUAUUGACCUUCUAAAGUAUCAUAAGCCUUUAAGAAUGACCGUGGUAGAAAAACAGCCGUUGAGAUUUUGAUUUUUUCGAUAACAAAAUGCUCUUGAGGAGUUCGUUUAUUGGAUCCUUGAUGUAUUUUCGAAGCGUGGUCUUUUGAGAUGAAUUUUAAUCUACGUGUCCUGCAAAACGCCUUUAUGCUAAGCAUGUUUUGUACACUUGCAAAGUUUCCUCCAGAAAUAAAAUUGACUGAUUUGUGCUAGUGGUGAAACAAACAUCUUUUUACUGCGUUGCAUGAAUAGAGGUAUCAAUAACAAAUAAUCUGAUUUACACUUUUGGGUUGAGAAAACGAUGAAAACAACAGAUAAGGGUAAAACUUUAGGUCAAGCUUUGGUUUUUCUAGAAAUGAGAGAUAUAAUGCUCUAUUCAGUACUCACUCAUUGCCCUUUGCUUAAAAAUCAGUCUUGCAGAUAAUCGUAUUCAAGCCGAAGUUUCUUCCGGAGGAGGAGAAAGGAACCCCUCUUUGUCGUCUCCUAAUGGAUCCUUACAUCCUCGUGGGAGCAGGUACUGUCAACAUUGAUUUUUUCUUGUUGUUUUAAACAAAACUCUUUCUAUGUACCAGGUCAUGUCAUUUAAAUGUCAAAUAACCGUCCGCCUUUCCUCGUCUAGCAAUAAAAUAUAUGUUUUAAUGACUUAUCUAUGCACAAUUUAAUACUUAAUGCGAAAAAUUGUGCCACACUGCUAUUUCGCCCUAAGGUGAACGCUGUGAAAGUGGUUCUUUUGGCUAUAUUCUCGUACCCCUGAAUGUCUAUCGAUCAAACGCUUCAAAAGUCCAUCCAAAUAAAGUAGUAUACCUGUUGACUAGCAAUAAGUCACACUAAAGAAAAUUUUUGGUUCAUGUAUUCCGUCAACGAUUCAUGAAUAAGCCUGCCCUCUAAACGUCCUUCUUAUCUUCCUAUUUGGAAAACCGCCUGUAAUUCUGAUAAAUGCAACGAGUGAUCAUGGGCCAUACAACUUUGUUGAAUGCACUUAUUUCAUAAAACCAAAUAAACUCAAUUAGAUAUGUUAGAUCUUUUUCAUUAUUUUGAAAUCUCCUCUCAUAACCCUACGAAUUGCACAAAUUGGAAAAGUAUAUGAGCAGCAGGUGGACCUACUCAUGAAAUAUCAACUGAAAUUCCAAAAUGCGUUUUCGUUUCGAACAGGUUAAUUCCGUAAUGCUGUGAACGUAAUCAUCUCGCAGCAUUACUCCAUAAAAAUUCAUUUAUCUCAAGAUACCGGCCUUCGAACGAAAUUUCUUUCGGCUGCAUGCACGAAGUAAAUUCUGAAAAAAGUGACAACGUAUGUUGCCUGAAUUUUUUGCAUUCAAUUUCGAUACCGCUAAAAGUGCGAUCACACAUCAUGGAAAACAUGCAUAAAACUAUUCACUCUUUGGUUAAUGCGGUAGAAACUUACGUCUGCUUCUAAUCGCUUACUCGAAAAAACGGUCAUAUUCGGUUUUCAAUAUCUUUUUCAAUUCCCGAAUAAUUUUAACCCGCUCUGCCGUUUUACUUGGAUUUAGGGUUUAUAAUCUAUAAGCCGUAUAUUUUCCGCGUACGGAAAACCACAUAUUCCUCUACAGCAUUAAGCGGAUACUAUAUGGCGUUCAUGAAAUUUAUCAGUGGAAUUGAUACAUAUUGAUAACUAUACACGCCACAUUGGUGGGUGCAGAGACAUGGCCACUUAUUAACGACCACUGCACGAUAUUUCAGUCAGUACAUUUGGAGUAAGCGACAGAAGCCCUUAAAACUCCAUUUAGAGGGUACAAAUAUAAGGGAUAAUAAUGAAAUUGCAAAGAUUUUGCCUGAAGUUAGGUAAGGAGAAUUCAUAAAUCUAAUAAUUUAACAUAAAUGCAAAAGGGGUAUUAUAUUCGCGAAAUAAUUGCGAAAAACUUUGUUCUCCCCAUUCGGACUGUGUAAAUUUCAAUGUGGGCUAAGUUUGGCACACAAAAUAGAAUCUGUUGAAGUCUUGGUAGUAGUAUAUUUAUAGUCAUUUCAGUAAUCCAUUAGAUCAGGCUUCGGCAGUUCGGGUUGCCUUUCAGCAGGUAAGCAUCCAGUUGUCUCUUGAACAUGUUCACGGUAGGGGAAUUAACAGCAAACUCCGGCAAAGAGCUCCAUUGGUGACUGACCCUCUGUGAGAAAAAGGAGGAGCGUUGAUUUGUGUGGCACAGUUCCCUUUCAAGCUGGUAAUCAUGUCGUCUGAGAUUGGACUUGGGUGUCAUUUCAAAAAACGUUUCUCAGUCGACACCCGUAUUAAGUCCUUUUACCACCUGGAACGUUGCUAUGAGGUCACCUCUGUCCUGCCUGUAGUGGAGGGGAUAGAUGUUCAAGGCCGUCAGGCGCUGCUCGUACGUGAAGUUUUUGAGGCCAUGAACAGCCUUUGUAGCACGCCGUUGUACACCAUCAAGGACAUCUAUAUCCUUCCGAAGCCACAGCCGCCAAGCCUGCACCGCAUAUUCCAGGUGCGGCCGCACAAAUGUCCCGUAUACUUUGCCAAAAACAUCUUUAUUCAAGUGGACAAACGUUCUGCGUAUCGCGCUCAUUGCCCGCGCAACGACUUUAGAGCACUCCGUGGUGACGCUUGGAUCGUCUUUAAUGAAUACACCGAUAUCUUUUUGCACAUCUACGGUUUUAAGUGGUGGAUUGUCCAGGAGAUACUGUCGUGGGGGUGCAUUUGUUCUUCGCUUCGCUGAUACUACGUGCAUUACUGUACAUUUUUGACGGUGAAUUUCAUGCACCAUUUCUCGCUCCAUGCGUGCAAAUUCUCUACGUCCUCGUGUAGUAUCUUGACGUCAUCUUCGUCUUUUAUCGCUCUCCAAAGUUUAAGAUCGUCUGCAAAGAGCGCUAUUUCCGAUUUUACUUCCCGUACUAGGUCAUUUACAUAGAUAAUAAAUAGGAGCGGCCCAAGAACUGGCCCCUGUGGGACUCCACUCUUAACAGGUGCCCAUUCUGAGCAGUAGCCUCCCGCAGUGACUUUUUGUCGCCGUCCGUUUAGGAAAUCUUUAAUCCAGUUCAGAAGAUUUCCUCUUAUCCCUACUUCUGACAACUUUUGAAUGAGGCGCUUAUGUGGAACGCAAUCGAACGCCUUGCUGAAGUCGACGUAAAUGACAUCAACUGGAUGUCCUUCAUCCAUGGCCUUUGACCAGUGUUCGAGGGACGAAAGAAGGUUUGUGAGGCAAGACCUUUUUUCGCAGAAGCCAUGUUUAACCGAGGCGAUGUGAGAGCGGAAAGUAUAGAGCGAUGUAGUAGAUUUUUGAAGUAAUUUUUCCAUCAUUUUGCAGUACAUGCAUGUCAAUCUAACCGGCCGGUAGUUCGUGGGACAUAGCCGUGAUCCUCCGUUGUGGAUAGGUACGACGUUCGCCAACUUCCAUGUGUCAGGUAGUUUGCCAGCUUCCAGGGAUUUUUGGAAGAUUUAAAGGCCUCACAACCAUAAAAAAAUUUAAGGACGAAUUAUGUCCGUCAUUUGAGUAUAAAAGUACAAUAAGUGCUAUUUGGCUACCGCAUGAGUGAACGAAUGAAUCUUUUUAUGCAUUGUUUCUAUAAAAUAUAGUUGAAAUUUUAGGGCAUCGAAAAUGAAUAAGAAAAAUUCGCGCAGCAUAGGCAGUCAUUUUUAUGAUGUAGUUCUUACAUGCAGUACGAAGUAAGUUCGUUCGACAGCUGGCAUCCUUAGGUAACUGCAUUAUUAUAGAAUUAUACUGCAGGCUGGUUAGAUUUGCAACCCAACUUAAUUAAUAUUUUCGAACCGAAAACGAAUUUCGGAGUUUUGUUUGACAUUUCAUGCGUUAGCCCAACAACUGUAUAUAACAAUGAGAAUAAGCGAAAAAAGUGUGUUUGAAAUCUAUCGGUCACAAGCAGAAAACAAGCUACCAGGCCGAAGUUGCCAUAAUAACAGUAAGCAGACUACAUAUACGGGUAGUAGGUUGAUAAAGAACUGUGCAGGACUUAUCUGGACUUAAUUCAACCAAUCAUAACCCUGACCACAAGCUGAGGCGGGGGACCAAACAUGCGCUUACACACCUGAUGCAGUUGAUCCAUCACAAGGGACCACUGGCUAGAUAAUAAGCCUUUCAUCGAGGCGAAUUUCAUCAGUCCUUCGCAAACUGCCAACGUAUUUCCUUGCUGAGCGGAUAUUAAUUCACUUGAAAAUGGGUUUGCGCAUAUGAGUUGACUUCUCGAAACAAAAAAAGCUCCCAAUGCGGCAGAGGGGUCACGAACAGACAAAUACCUACUAUGCUGAAGUCGAUCAACCUAUAACUGCAAAGGAGAAACGGCAAAGCAUGUUUGCUUUAGGAAGCCAAUGGGUCGGUGUACGCCCGUUCAGACUCAAGGACAUAUACGUACAUAACUAAUUGCUUGCAUAUCGUUUGCUCUGAAAAUUUUGGGCAUCGAUUUAUUAGGUAAUAUUUCAUUUUUUAAUAAAUGAGUUUGAACCCUUGCAUGAUGAUAGCAGCAAAUGCUUUACGAAGGAGACAACGCAGCGGUUACCUAGGGGCAUAUGUAAUAUCGGGGGAUUGUCGGCGUUUUACAUAACUAAUUAACUGCAUACCGUUUGCACUGCGAACUUUGUGCUUCGACUUAUUAAGAAGUCGUUCAUUUUUACCAUAAUUUGUUAGAAUUCCUACAUCAUAAUAUCAGUUAAUGCUUUACAAAGCAAACGGCGCAGCGUUUACUUAGAAUCAUGUGCUAAAUUAGAGAACAGCCGACUUUUUACCUCGUGUGCUGUAGCUUCCGAUUUCCCGUCUUCUUGUUGCCCUUAAAUCCUCUCAUUUUCGUCUUUAGGGACGACUAUAAUAAGCUAGCUGUCGCGGCAAAAAUAUAAACUUAAUCGCGUGUUAAAGCAGGCUUGAAAAUACUUUAAGGCAAUCUAGAUGAUAAUUUAUAAGGAUUUUUGGCGUUUGCAGGAGGUCUGACUUUUGGAACGUUUGGUAUGGCCGUGCUGGAGGCCAUGCUGCCAAUGUGGAUGAAGAAAAACAUGAAUUCAAACAGCUGGCAACAGGGAAUUGUCUUCCUUGCCUCUAGCCUCGCCUAUCUUCUCACCACAAACGUCGUUGGUUGGCUUUUCCACAACGUGCGUCACUGGUUAAAGGCCUUUUUGGGAAUGAUCGUCACCGGCCUUUGUCUCGUUUGCGUAAGUCUACUGCAUAAACUGCAGUAAGCUCAUGUCUUAGUGUCUUACGUACCAUUAUUGCUUUCCGUAUAAAAAUUUUUAUAUCAAAGUGAUCGUAACAGGUCUCCUUUCUGAACGCCAAUCAAUCUUUCUUAUCAGGGUUUCUUCAGAAAAAGCAUAAGUUAACCAAAGCUGUGGGCGAAACAUACUUAGACUGAUCGAACGCAGCUUACGAGAGGCAUAGGUACGAACUGGUUAGUAGGUAAAAGCCUGAAAUCUUUAAAAUUGAGUAAAUUAAUCGUUUGCUACAAGCUUCUGACUGACAACAGAAAAAAUAAACAUGAGGCUAUAAAGUAAGCUUAAACGUUGUCAGAGUUUACGGGGGAAAAUCAACGUAACAUACUCAAUGGCCGAAAAUCCCGACAAGUGGGAGACAUUUUAGCAAGAAAAACAUAGUCGCCAAAGCAUCGUAAGUUUGCUAAUAUUCGGAGGCUAUAAAAAUAAACGGAAAUUAACAUGAAUGCAAUUAUUCGAGAACUCGCAAAUGUGUGCUUAUUGAGAAUAAACCCGAACUCAAUAUAUUGCAUGGAAGUCCGAUGGCGUAUGGACAUUAUGAUAAUGUAAGCUGGAGCCGGUCAUUAAUUCCACUCCAGUCGUUGACUUGCGAGCAGUAUACAAAUUGGCAAAGAAGAGUAUUAAGAGUAGUCCAUCAGGGACACUUUUAAGCCAUUCAGGAAGCUUAAAACCCACGAAUAAAGCUGAAACCUAUGCAAGUGAUAACAUAAUCUUCACAAAAACAAGACAAAUGGACAUUUGGAGACAGCGGGAUUAAAUUACCAUGUGACCGUCAUAUUUGAUGAUGUUCACUGCGUGCUUCCUAGCGCUGCAGGCGCUGGGGCCGGGAUGUGCGGAUAGACCAAUGGACAAUAAUAAUAGGCUUACUCAGUGUCCUCAGUAAUCUGGACCUGGUGGCAAAAGCGAUUCACGAAGAGCCAGUUUCUGGCAGGACUACACAGGCCAUCUGCCCGGGCCAUGCUCGCAUUGGCUCCCCGCACAAAACACCGGGUUCUUGCACAAAGGGGUUGUCGGUGUGGAUAGCCCAUGCCACGGAGGUCCCAUUACGAAAGGGUCAUCCAGUCAAACGUUUAGCCAAUCCGUCGGCCACUGUAUAAAAACAAACUGGACUAACUUCGAGGUCUGAGUUGAAUGUUCAAUUGUCAAUCAUUUAAGGGUGUCGAAGUUAUUGUGGGGGGAAAUGCUCUGAAGUGUCCUGAGAAUGUAAUCCCCAGAAUUGACCUCCGAGCUAUCGUUAAAACACCUCACUUAAGUUAUGUUUGUAACUACGUUGGGUCCUCAAAAUUUGUUUUACGAAAAAUCUACAUCCACUUGAAAGCAAUCCACUAUUCACAAAUCGUAAGCAUAUGUGAUAGAGGUUAUUUGCCAAUCGUAUCAAUAGAGGUACGCGUCGCACUGAGUACUGAUUCACCAAAAUUUAGCCUCGUAUUCAGUUGCAAUGCGACCACUGAUAUACGCAGAAUACUAAGGAAAACGGCUAAAAGACUAAAAUGACAAUUUCUGCCCGCAGAAGAAGGCAGUGUGAUCAUGAGAACAAAAAGUUUAUUAGUCUUACGUUUUGGAUACUCACUCGGUCACAUCGUCAGAGACAGUCGCAGAUAGGCAAUGCGAUCACUGAUAUACGCGAAAGACUAAGAGCAACGGCUGGAGGACUGAAAUGACAAUUUCCGGUUACAGAAGAAGGCAUUGCGAUCAUAGGACCAAGCAGUUUAUCAGUCUGACUUUUUGGGUUCUCACUGUGACCUAUCAUCAGAGACAGUCGCAGAUAGCCGUAGCGGAGGCACAAGAGAUGCACUUUAAAAAGUGCCAAGCAGUCGUCAGGCCACAUGCGUACACCUCUCACGACCACAGCUAGGGCUUGUAAUAGGCAAUUUGCGUCGAUUCGUCAGUGGCCACCAUUUCAUUAUUCGAGUUGGCUGUUGGCGCGAUGAUUGCUCGGAACUGUGGCCUGCCGUCACUGGACUAAGCGUUGGCCCGCGCCCUUCACAUAUGACUGAUAUCGCUGCGCAGGGAAUGUUUCAGCAACAAGCGGUUGCGGUCUUGAGAGCCAUUAUUCAAGCAGCUAGCAGUUCGCGCGGUUGUCACUUCUUGUGAAGAUUUCGAUCUUCUAAAACUUUAAAACAUGUUUGGGUUCCGUCGGAAAAUCCGUCAUGUGCGAGUUACAGUCUUUCCUUCCCCUCCUGCUGCGUGCUCGUUUAUCCGCCUUACGGGGUAAUCUCCCAGUUUCGCCGACGUAGGUGUUCUGUCUGCAAUCACACCGUAUUCGGCAAGCAGCUCCCGACGUUACUGAUGUGGCAGUGGGUCUUUCGGUCUCCGGACGUUGCGUCUGAUGGUUGCUUUUGGCCUUUGUGCAAUCCAAAUCCAAGUGUUGUAAGAAGCCGACUGACGGAUUUCAAGAUGCCCUUCCCAUAACACAGAACUCGUCAAAAUUUAAAGUCAGUUGAAUAUGCCCUGGUUGACAAAGUCUCGCCUGCAAACAUUAUUUCCAAGUGUCCGUGAAAAAUAUUUGAAUUCAGCAAACUUGCAUUCCGUUUAAGUGCAAUGGGUCUCAACGCGCAGAUAUAAUCAUGCAGUUUUGAAUAUAGCAACCACGUCGGAAAAACUACGAGAUUACCAUAAACUCGGAUGAUCGAGCACGCAGCAGCAGUGGGGGAAGCUUAGGUGGCGUCUUAUUCAAUGGGACCCAGCUAUUUAUUCAAGUUUCAAAAUGCCAAAAUUGUUGGUCGCCCAUGCCCCUGCCGCGUGACCAAUUAUUCUGAUUAGGAAAAGUCGCAGCAAAGAAAACGAAGACAAAAUGACAUUGCGCCGCCAAUAUCCUCUAUGACCGUAACCGAUGACGUGUUUGAACACAAAUCCGAUAGGUCAGCUUGGCAUGUUUCUUGUUCUAGCGACCGCAUCUUUUUUCGAGCGUGUUCGAAUCUCACGAUUGCCAACCUGCGUUAAGGUGUGGUCGGCUUAUGACGGCCGGUAAUCUUGAAAUGGUCAUUCCAGUUUCGCUUGCCUUUUUAGGAGACACUGAGUUUAUACAUUUACACGUAAACUGAAAACAUAAAGGCGCUUUCAAGAAAAUAGGAAUCUCUAAAGGAUUCAAUUUUGACGCUUGUUUCCGUGUUGCCGCAGAACUUCGCGAGAAUGUACUAAAACAGGUAACCACUUAAAAUCUGUUGUUAACUUGUUAUAAGGAUACUCCGCUUUUAAGACACUGCGUCAUUGUCUUCUUACUGUAGAAUGACUUUUGUACAAAUUCCUUUACAACAAACAGAUACAUAUAUGCUACUCUUCGGGAGCCUAUUCAUGUAUGAGUACAUACAGGAAUGCCCGUUUUUGUCAACAUUUUCUCGGAAGGAUAUUAAAAUUACGAUAUGUUAAGUUAAUGGUGUUGUAGAGCGUAUACCGUUAGUAAACUGUUACGACAACUAAUGUGUCGUCUACAUGUCGUAGCUUAAAUUUAGGUUUGACUAAUGCAAUUGUCGUAGAUUCCGAUUUCUAUACCUUUACCUCAAACACACGCGUAAAUAUACAUAAAUUUGAAGAAAUCGCGUACUGAUUGAAAAGCUCAUACGAUGGCUGUACAUAUGUAUUUAUUCCAAAUAAUCCUUAAACGAUGCAGGAGAAAAGAGAGCACGUACGAUUUCGAAUGGACGGAACAAAACUUGUUAGGUCAGUAUUCCUCUACGUACAAGCGCACCACGUAGGGAGAUACUGAGAGAAGGAUUUUGCCGCAUAUGAAGCUUUUUCUACGGCAAACAUUUAAACGGAUAUUAGGUUAUCAUAAUAAUGAUGAACUAACGGAAUCUUCUGCUUGCCUUCAGAACGAUCGAUAAAGAUGCGUCUGGAGUUAUCGAAUAUUAAGCACAUCGUAAACAGUGAUUUCUUUUUAAAUAUAUUUGUGAACCUAAAUAAAGCACAAGAGUGAUAAAGCAGAUAAACGUCUUAGAUAAGAACCCUGGGUUGAUGAUGCUUCCUGAUGGAACAAAGUGUUAUUUUCAGGAAAAUACUAAACAACUGAAAUUUUUUAAUCGUAUCUAGGUGCCCUUUACUCAGACGGUGGCUCACUUAUUCGCUCCCGUUUUUGGACUUGGAGUUGGCGCCGGUGAGUGAAACCCUGACGUACAUUAUGCCGUAUGCAUAUUUUUUCAUGUCAGAUUUCUAUACUACAAAAUAACGGAACAACUAAAAACACACGAGCAUAAUUUAAUUAAUGAAUUAAUGGCCACAGACUUUAUGUCUGAACCGAAAGGUAUACGAGCAAAGUUUUUGAAAGUUGGUCGCGUUUUAACAGCAUACACUCCAUUCGCGACAUCUGCCUGGGUCGCAGGUACUUAUUCGUAGACUAAACAAAGACAAAUGUCAUUGUUACGUCGAGUCGUUCUGAUUUUAAGACAGUGAAUGGCAAACCCGAAAUGUAGAUCACAGAUAACCGUUAAACUGCACGCGCUACUUAGCAGCGAGUCCACUUUAAUUUUCUUUGUGCUUCUUCUCUCUGUUUACCUCCAGACACUGGCGUUGCACCUGUGUCUGCAUAUCGUAGUUUGUUUAACUUCCUCUACCUUCCCUGCAAGCCAUAAAUGCAAAACUUGCUUCCUAAAUACAUGGGAACAGUUCAAGCAUAUAUAAAACUUCUUGAAAUCCUACCCACAGGGAUAUAGUCAACGCAUUGCAUAAGUUAAACCCCAGGUACUGUUUUCUGCAUUAAAAUUUUAAGGUCGCUUUGAGGUUUUAGCCUCAGGUAGAGGUCUCCGCUGCCCUAAAACGAAGAGUGACUUUUAAGGCAUCGGAGAAACCUCUGCGUCAACUACCCAUGAGAACGCGCAAGCAUAAAACCCACUUUAUUCUACUGUUGGUGAAAGCCAUGAUAAAUCCAAUACACCCGCUAUUUGACUUUUAGGAUGUGAAGGUUACCUUUAUACACGAUAGUAGAUUAGCAACAAUGCGGGUCAGUCAGGUUAAAUGGCGCCUUCGCCUGAUUUUAGGCCUGCUAGAAGCUUCACUGAUGCCAGAAAUGGGCUCCUUGGUGGAUCUUCGUCACGUUGCAGUCUACGGCAGCGUUUACGGAAUCGCUGAUGCUGCCUUUUGCUGCGCCUUUGCCAUUGGUAACUGCAAUUAGUCUAAUUUCAUGGCCUUGCCUGAUUUAGUGCCGGAAAAUCAUUUAUGUUGUACCACAUUUCGAUUCUGUAUAAAACUCGAUAAUUAUUUUGUUUAGACCGCGGGUUUGUGUACACCUCUCUAUCACCUUGCGCAAAAAUCAUGUUAAAAUUUUCCGCAUGGAAAAUGCUAUCACUAUACGUACGCUCUUUAAUUGGACUUUUAACUGGAUAGCUAAGCGCCGGACAAUAAAGUAGCUACGGCCUCAGGAGUAAACAAAAACAGUAAACAACCACAUCCAUUUAACUGUGAUCUAUCAAAUUCAGAAGGAAGACGAUAAACGCGAUAAUGACCAAAUACAAGAUCGGUCACUUAGUGUGCCUCUAUACACGCCACUCCUGUGCUUUCAGAUAUUUCUAACUCCAUUGCUGAAUGCCCAUCAAACUGCAUGCCAAACUAAGAGACACCUUAUGCGUUCAUCAAAUAAGUUAGCGCCUGCGUAGAAGAAGACGCGAUUGCUGAAGCAAGGGUUAAAUUUGCCUGCCAUUUCGUAUUCCUUCUUUCAACAAUCCUCACAGACAACAAUCGAUACUGGCAGUUCAUGUACAAGAAGCAGUCCGCAUACCUUUAGCAAUUCGUGGAUCCCCGAUCACCAGGGACUGUUGUACGUGGUGUUUCGGUCGUUCGAUGGACGAAAUUAUGGUCGUUAAUUGCCGCCAUUGUGUCACGGAUCUUGGCUGUUGGUGUGAUGAUUGCUGGACAAUCUGGCCCACCGAGGAUCCGCUUUGAUCUCCCCUUGGUGCUAAUUACUCCGCCUAGGCUAGGUUGCAGCACCGAAUAUAAAAAGGCGAUGGUCAUUGCACUUGUAAAUAGACUAGAGGCAGUGCAUAAUGAGUAAAGCAAAUCACGGCCCACGUGACUGUCAUAUCUAGCGAGAAUUUGCGCCAUGUCGAAUUCAAAUGCAUCGUCAGAUUUCAUCGAGUCACAUAAAUACUGCAGUCCCUUGGGCACGUCUCUAAUGUUUCAUUAGAGCAGGAGUCUGAAGUGGCGCGCAAAAACGGAACUUGUUUAAGUGAUUAUGUCGCCUUCAUCACUUCUGCUUUUUCAGCCUCGUUUUUCGCUCUUAAUUUCAUCCGUUCCCAUCGUAGGGCCCGUAAUCAGCGGGAGUCUAGUUCAAACCGUUGGUUUCAGUUGGUAAGUAAUAUGACUUUGCUGUCGACCUUUAAAUUUUUUUAACGUAUGCGUUUAAGGCGAGCAUCUUAGAAGUGUGAGAAACGACUCCAGCAUUUACUUUAUGAGGUAUACGAUGAUUCGCACUUGUUAGACAUAUAUGUCAUUGUCAUUAAAUGUCAAACUGAUGAAUUUUUUACGUAGACGUUAUAACCUCCAGUUAACAGGAUUGCACGUGUAGUGCUUGUAAUAUACGACAAAAAAGCAAAUGAUACUUUUAUAGUAAAUGCGUAAGCGCUUUAAUUGCAAACUGUUAUGGUUUAUUGGAGUCGAAUUACAUAUUUACAAGGAACUGACACUCGGGCUUCUUUCUUCGAAGCUGUACGUAACAUUUCGAAACUUCUCUACCUUUCCAUCAGUGCACUUUGCGGUCUCUUAAGAGUGGUCUUCAUAUAAGGAUUAAAAAGCACAUUAAGUGAUAUCGGCGCUCAAAUAGGGUUCACUUGUACUACUGUUUCCAGUGGUUCGUUGUUUGCAGCGGCCGAAAUAUACACCCAUAAAUGUGGUACUGUAUUACGUAACACACGUUAAAUAUGGUCAGUGAUACUUGGUAUAUUGGAGCGACGCUUUCUACCUUGCCUGCAUGGCCUGAAUAAAUUUUACCCAAAAUAACUGUCCUGGCGAGUAGUUCUUCUUAUGUCUAAUGCCAGGGUAUGAGACUGUCAUGAGAUCUAAAAGGCAGUGCACUAAUGAGGUAUCCCGAUGUUAUGAGACUUGUGAGGCAAUGCGUGUGUGAGGGUUCCAGGUGGUCAGAUCAACUUUAGCCACACAAAGUAAGUCCAUCCCGCAUGAUGACAGAAGUCAAAAAGCAGUGAGACUCGACUUACUCUGUACACCGAGGAGGUUACCGCGAGUUUACAGUUUUCAGGACGAGAAUUCCCUUUUAAGGGCGAAGUUUGCGGUGUGCUAUUCACAUCGGUCUGACAUGUGAGGAUGUGAGCAUUAUAAAGUUAUAGCCGAGUGUUUAGCGCGUGAUUGGGUAAUCCAUAGACUGAUUCUAAGGCCGCAUAAUGAGCAGGCACAGCGGAUCAGGGAGAAAACCCAACAGGUCGCGGAAUCGAGGUCCAGAUAUUUCACACUUUGGGGUUUGUAUAAGACUGGCUGAGGACGGCUAUUGAGCCAAAAAUGCCCAUUCCAGACUCCCCUAGCUUUAUCGGCUAUACCAUUUCGCCCAUUUAAAACGCGUCGUUGUGCGGCUGCUAGCGGGGCUCAAGACAGGUCCCCAAGACACAACGGGGACACUGGGUUUAGUAGCACGAUCAGUAAGUGCCCGCCUUCCAAUGAAAAUCAACGCCAGUUAAUGCGCCACACCGUGGCCUCUGGUGGUGAUCCCAGCCGUGACCUAUCGUAACCGGACAAAAACGUCCCCUGGGAUGUGACCGUGCGUGAUAGAAAUGUUUGCGCGUUUGCGCAGUGGUCGCACCCGUUGACUGAGAGCCAGACGUCGGAAAAGGGGCGUUGGAGCGACUCUCAGAGACCAUGCGUGGAAGCAAUGUUUCAUGAUGGGUGCGACUGUAAAACAAGGCGCUACCAAACAAAUGCUUUACAGGGGUUUUUACGACCCGCACCCGGCACGCCGGUUUUUUUUCGUCAUCUGCUCGCCAUUGGUUGCGUUCGCUUUUAUUUGUCCAUUGAGAAAUUUGUAUGUGACAUCUACAUUGAUAUGAAGAUUGUUGCAUGCCACAUCAGUGCAAUGCCUCCAGUAAUUUGCGACAUUACCUGAAUGAGCAGGCGUCAACAAUGCGCGUGUGUCCAGUGUCCAGUGUGUGCAUUGCCACCUGGGAUAGAUGAUCUCGUCUCUUCAUCGCUAACUGAUGCUCAUAUAUGCGGGUAGAGGCAGAUUGGCCACAACAGACGGCAUCACAAGUGGAACAUGGUGUUUUGCAGACAACAGCUUUUCUAUCAAGAUAGCCAACCCUCUCCUUAGGGUGUACAAACUGUUUACGCAAGGUGGUUGACGGUUGGUGUGCUACUUGCUUGUGAUGCUUCGUCAGCUGUUUUAGGACGAUGGGUUGGUCCGCCAGGGGAAUGCUUUUGGUGCCUGGGUGGUCGUUGUUUUCGAAAUACCUUUGUAUUGAAAGUAUCAACAUCAGUAUCAGUAUAUUUCAGGGAAAGUAGGUGUGUACCUUUGAAAUCCCUAUUGGUUACAUCCAGAGAAAGUAUAUGGAUGAAAUGGAAAGGAAGUAACAUGAAAGAAAUGCGAGGGGAAUAGGAAAAACUGUAUAGAUGAACACAGAAUGUCAUGCGUUAACAGAAUUUAGAGGCACAUUAACUUUCUUUAUUGAUAAAAUACAACGGACAGUUAAAUCACUCUUAAGAUACGGGAAAAGAAGUAAAUUUUUUUUUAGUCUACAGGCAUCGUGGUGAAUGCGAGCAGCGGUGUGCGACUUGGUCCAAAUUAAUAUUUUUUUUAAACCCAUGUUACUUAAAUGUUGGUAGUAGCAUCGUCAUAACACUAAAUUAUGAAUGCUGACUAUCAAGGUGGCGGUAGACCGGCGUUAUUGUGGUUCGCGCUCCAAUGUUGAUCUAGCCUCCGUUUAAAAGUAUAUACGAAUACCGACAUAACAACAUCCUCAGGCAAGGCAUUCCAAGCUGCAACCACUCUGUUGGAGAAGAAGAACUUUUGUGAGUUUAACCGGGCGCCAGUCUCACGCAGUUUGAGAGCAUGGCCUCUUAUGUUAGUCGUAGUCGCCAAGUCGAAGAAAUCUACUGAUGCGCGGCAGCAGCCCUGAUUACGCACGAUGCGGAAAGCUUGUAUCUAGUCUCCACGUAGCUGUCUGUAGCUCAAAGGUAAGAGGGCAAUAUUAGCUAAACGUGUUUCGUUGGGUAAUGACCACUGCCCAGAUACAAGUUUCUUUACUUGCCGUGGAACUUAUUCGAGUAUGCCGAAGUCUUUAGCGGUCCAGGGUCCCCAUGCUUGGAUAGCAAACUCCAGAUGCGGUCGUACGAAAGUAUGAAAGAUCUUGGCGAAGCAGUCUUCAUCAAAGGAGGAGAAAGCCCGUUUGACGAGGUAUAGAAUGCACAUCGCCGACUUAGCCACCUUUGAACAUUGCAAUGACGUACAUAGUGGCGCGGGUACCCGUUGUGAGAAAAUAAUUUAAAAAGUUUUUUCAUUUCUGCCUGAUAACUUUCUUCAUCAGAACAGUGUGUCUUGGCUCGCUUAAACGGGCUGUAGACAGUACUCCUCUUGUGAGAAAUAGGAUGGUUACUCUCAAAAUGUAAGAUGACGUCUGAGUAUGUCUCUUUGAGACAAACUGAAGUGUGAAGAAAUUCAUCAGUUUUUCGGCACACGAGGACAUCCAGAAAUAGAAGUUGUCCAGAAACCUCUAUUUCGAAAGGGAACUUGAUUCCUGGAAAUGCGGAGUUAAGACUCGUGUGAAUCCGGUCUAAUUGGUUUCUCUUGACAGUGACAGAUGUGUCAUCAACAUAGCGCAGCCAUAGUUUUGGGUUAAUUUUAGGAAGGUCUAUAUACUCGGGUGUCUGGAUUAUGGCUUCUGCUAGAACGACAGAUAUGGGCGAACCCAUAGGAGCAUCUUUCAGUUGCCGAUAACAUUGUUUGACGACGAGCUUUAGAUUACAAAUCACUGUCUACUGAAAUCCACAAUGUAGCUUUGGUUUACCACGUACCAGCUGUACAUCUACUCUGCACGAACACCUUUCGUAAAUGGCGAAUACUGCGUGACUGACCUGCAACGCUAUGCCUUUAGUCACUGCAUUCCUACGCGGAAAUAUUUAGUAGAUGGCGAGUACUUCGGCGUUGACCUCAGCGUCUAGAACGUUGCUGUCUUUUGCUUACUGACCGCACUGUAACACGGAAAUCUUUUGAGUGCCACUGCAAUGCCGCUCGCGUUAGUCACUGCAGUCCCCAACACGGAAAUCGUUCGUAAACGGUUCGCACUACGGUGCUGAGCCCACCUCCCCUCCAAACCAGCGCUAAUUUCGGUUAUUGUGCAUGUGAGUAACCAUUUCAAGCUUCGUUCGGCUAAAUUUCAUUGCUUUAGCGUCCAGAAUAGUGCUGUCAUCAUUUGCCACUAGAUUCAUUCCCGGAAAUCUUGCGUUACAAACGAGUACUACGGGGAUAUCUUCCUCCACAUCGUUAGCUUUGGUUAGUCUUAUGUCAAUUUCCCAACCGUAGCGCACUCAGGUUGACCUGCUUUACUUAAGCGUGGAGAACCCAGCUGUUUUCAGUUUAGUCGUUGAACCGUCACACGAAAAUCAGUUGUAAACCACAGCUGUGUUAUCCCUUUAUUCACUGCAUCCCUACAAGGAAAGCUUUCGUAUGCGGCGUUGACCUUAGCGUGACUACACACCUACUCGGAGAUCUUGUGUUAACAACUAGUACUGCGGGGUUACCAUUACUGGCUUCGGGUAGUCUUUCCUCCAUUUGGCCGCACUCCGGUUGAGCUGUGUUACUUCAGCGUCUAUAGCAGUGCCGUCUUCUGUUUAGUAACUACACUGUCACAGGGAAAUCUUUCGUGUACCACUGCAGUGUUGCCCGUUAUAGUCACUGCACAUCCACAGGAAAAUCUUUAGCAAAAGGUUCAUACUACGGUGUUGAGCUGAUUCCCCACGCCAAGCAGCGUUAAUUUCGCUUACCGUAUACAUGAGUGACAAUCCCCAGGUACGUUUGAUUAAAUCCAGUUGCCUCAGCGUCUAGAUCGGUGUUCUCAUAUAUCUUUUGUCACUGCACCCCUGCAGGGCUACCUUGCAUUAACGAUGAGUACUGCGAAAUUAACUUUCUCCACACCGGCUGGCCUGCAUUAUCGCGGCGACCCGAAAAGAGUUGCCUGCACCGACAUAUCGAAAUCCUUUGUUAACCACGCGUACUACGGAUUUACGUCUGCUGACAUCGUGCGGAUCGUUUAGACUAUUCUUCCCAUGUCUUGCGCAGCAUCCUGUAGUUGAAUUUCGUUGUCUUAGCGUCUACAGCGUCGGGGUUAGCUGUUUAGUUACCGUAGUCCUACACGAGCACCUCUGGUUAUCGACGAGUACUACUAAUUUUACCUGGAGACCUACGUUACGUUGUCCUGCAUUUGUAUAUGCUCUCCGUCCAGCGAUCUCAUUGCUUUCAGACAUCCAUCCACACACGGAAUUUUUUCGUAAAGCAGAAGUAGUACGCGUCCAUCUUCCCUCACCCCGCCCCCAGCGCGCACCCCGUCGGCUUCGCGUAACCUUUCCAUGAGUUGCUUUUCCUACCAGCCUGUCGUAGACAUGCAACGUUUUAGUUUGUACAGCAGUGAUGCCGUCUGUUACGUCUCCGCAUCGUCAUACGAAGUUGUUUUCUUUACGCCGUCUGCUAGUUGUUGUAGUAACCUUGGCGGCGCUGUUUCGCUGUGCUUGCCCUUUCCUCUUGAAAUGCACACGUCAACGAUUGCGGAUGCGCAAAAACCAAGACAGAAAUAAGUAUACUGCAGAAAAAAAACGAAGAGACUUUCAGUUAAAGGGGGUUAUCUGCAAGAGGCAUUAUCAGCGGUCAACGAUAAUUCAUAAUUGGAAGUUAGGUCUAACGGGAUAUGUCUCCGCAAGAUGUCCCAUAAAAAUAUUCCUGGCGAUAUCAGGAGCACAGCGGUCAAGGCUGUACCAUAUUCUAUAUUGGGUUUCAUCCAAAGCCCAACCGUAGACCGGCCUAUUUUCGCGCAGUGUCCUUUUGAGGCGGCUCCAGUAGUCCUCAAUGGCGUUUGUGUGCCGACCAGUUUCCGCGUCAACGAAACUGCGGGAAUGGUAGACCGUAAAGGGCUGGAAGCCUUCUGCAGCGUGGGCACUAUACGCCUUUCAUUCGUCAGUAACCUUUAUGCUACCGGACGCAACCCUCUUCUUAAUGUCAGGCCUCAGAGCGGACCAACUACUGUGGCUGACUUGAUCAAAGAUUGUAUUCUACCGGCGGGCAACGUACAUGCCGACAAUCCAGUACAGCCGUUGCAUACGUCCGACGUUAUACUUCCUACGACUAACCAUUGUUUCAUCAAUCUGGUCCUCCAUUCAGCCCUCAAACCUGCGUUUGCAUGUUUAGUGUUUCUUAACCAUUUAUUCUUGCUUAAGCUUAGUAAAAAGUAGUAGUUUGCGGGGCAGUUAUGUAAACACUCCAAUUCUUCCGUCGACCCAGACGACUUUCGACUAGGCUGACUAAGAUAUGAUAUAAAUAACAAAUCGCGAUGAUUAACGUUCUACUUAUUACGGGUACCGAUGAAAGCAAUUGCCUGUCGCAGGUCGUGUGCGAGGUCUCCUUAUUUUCUGUUCAGAUAAAACCUAUCAUGUGUCGUUAAAUUGAAAAAAACUCCUCAAUGCCUAGUCAUGCUUUUGUAUUUCCAGGACUCUCUGGGGCCUUGCAAUUGUGACUGUUGCGUACGCACCCCUGUUGCUUGUUCUGCGUAACCCUCCAGGCAGUAAAGAAACUCAAGUAAGUCCCGAAGAUUUCUUUUUAUUUUUCAGCGUAUCCAAGGUUAUGCUGCCGACCAAUCGCGGUCAUUUUCGAGGUCGACUCUUUUACAAAUCUGCUACCGUUUUGAAAUUUUAAUGUUUAACAAUAAAGUCGCUUAG